CCGCCGCCCCCCGGGCCGCCCUGCAGCAGUGCGGGCAGCUGCAGAGCCUCAUCGACAUCUCGCUGUCCAGCCUGCGGGGCCUCCGCACCAAGUGCGCCGCGUCCAACGACCUCACCCAGCAGGAGAUCCGCACCUUGGAGGUGAAACUGGUCCGCUACAUCAACAGACAGCGGCAGUGUAAGCUGAGCGUGCCCCUGAAUGACAGGACAGUGGAGCUCAACAGCUACCCAAGAUUCAACGACUGGUUAGACCUCGUCAAUGUAAAGAAAGAAGUUGUACAGAGAAUCCCAGAGGAGCUAACCCUAGAUGCCUUACUGGAUAUGAAUGAGUCCAAGGUGAAAGAAACCAUGAAGAGAUGUGGGGCCAGUGAUGAGGAGUGUUCCAGACUCAAUGGGGCUCUCACCUGCUUAAGGAAGGUGACCGAAUCAGGUGGGGAGUUAAAAGAAGACCUGUUGUGGAAUUCUUCUGAUGCACAUCGAGAGUGCACCUCUGCACACCCUGCAGAACCCUCCUGUCCUCCAGGCCCCACGUGGACUCAUGGCAUGCUGUAUCUUUCGAAGGGCAACAGCCAGCAGGCACGCUCUGUGUCUGUGUCCGCUAUACCUUCUUCGGAUUCUCUUGCCUCGAGCCAGGGACCUUCGAGCUACAUGGAUAGCUUCCUGGAACCUUUAGCCUUCUCCACCCACAGUGGUCGAGUAGUAUUUAGGACUCCUCACAGCAUCACCAUCACACCGCCAACGACACCUCAGUUAAAGAGGCGUCACAAAUUGAAACCUCCACGGACUCCCCCUCCGCCUUGCCGGAAGGUUUUUCAGCUGCUACCAAACUUUCCAACCCUCACAAGAAGCAAGUCCCAUGAAUCACAGCUGGGCAACAGGAUAGAUGAAGUUUCUCCUGUAAAGUUUGAUCUUCCCCAGGGAUCCCCUCAGAUGGUACGAAGAGACAUUGGCAUAUCCGUAACACACAGAUUCUCUACAAAAUCUUGGUUAUCUCAGAUGUGCCACGUGUGUCAGAAAAGCAUGAUGUUCGGUGUGAAGUGUAAGCACUGCAGGUUAAAGUGUCAUAACAAAUGUACUAAAGAGGCCCCUGCGUGCAGAAUAUCUUUCCUUCCUAUAGCAAAAAUAAGAAGGACGGAGUCUGUCCCUUCUGAUAUUAAUAACCCUGUGGAUAGACCCGCAGAGCCACAGUUUGGAACCCUUCCAAAAGCACUAACAAAAAAGGAUCAUCCCUCAGCAAUAAACCAUCUAGACUCCAGCAGUAAUCCCUCUUCUACAACCUCCUCCACGCCAUCUUCUCCAGCACCUUUCCAGUCUUCCAAUCCUCCCAGCGCAACACCUCCCCCAAAUCCCUCCCCCAUGGGCCAGCGGGACUGCCGGUUUCACUUUCCAGCUGCCUACUACAUUCAGCAUAGACAACAGUUUAUCUUCCCAGAAAUCCCCAGCCCCCCACAAGUAAUAUAUCCGCCUGAAACAGCUGAAGACACUAAUGCUGAUGAAAAGCUGGACACAGAGGGGGUUGAAGAACCUGAUGCAGAGGCAGAAGAGCAAGAGACGAAUAAAUCGGAACCGGAGGACGAUGAGGAUGAGUUAGACGACUUGCCCAGCAAGCGGCCGCACUGGAAAGGGAUGAUCUCCCGCAAGGCCAGCCAGACCAGUGUCUACUUGCAGGAAUGGGACAUUCCCUUUGAACAGAUUGAGCUGGGGGAGCCCAUUGGCCAAGGGCGAUGGGGGAAGGUUUACCGGGGGAAAUGGCACGGAGAGGUGGCCAUCAGGCUGUUGCAGAUCGAUGGGAACAAUCAGGACCAUCUCAAGCUCUUUAAGAAGGAGGUGAUGAAUUACAGGCAGACCCGACACGAGAACGUGGUGCUCUUCAUGGGGGCGUGCAUGCACCCCCCUCAUUUAGCCAUUAUUACCAGCUUUUGCAAAGGAAGGACGCUUCACUCAUUUGUAAGGGAUCCCAAGGUAUCUUUGGAUAUUAACAAAACCAGGCAGAUAGCUCAAGAAAUCCUUAAGGGCAUGGGGUAUCUUCAUGCAAAGGGGAUUGUGCAUAAAGAUUUGAAGUCCAAGAAUGUCUUCUAUGACAAUGGCAAAGUGGUGAUCACAGACUUUGGACUAUUCGGAAUUUCGGGUGUGGUUCAGGAGGGAAGGCGUGAAAAUGAACUGAAACUGCCUCAUGACUGGCUGUGCUAUCUGGCCCCUGAAAUUGUUCGCGAGAUGUCUCCUGGGAAAGAUGAAGACAAGCUGCCCUUCUCCAAGGCUGCAGAUGUCUAUGCUUUCGGGACGGUUUGGUAUGAGCUCCAAGCAAGAGAAUGGCCUUUCAAGAGCCAGCCAGCUGAAGCACUCAUCUGGCAGAUCGGAAGCGGAGAAGGAGUGAAGAAUGUCCUCGCUACAGUUAGCGUAGGGAAAGAAGUCAGUGAAAUCCUCUCAGCAUGUUGGUGUUUCAACCUCAGCGAGAGACCCAGCUUUACUGUCCUCGUGGAUAUGCUUGAAAAACUGCCAAAACUGAACAGACGGCUCUCACAUCCUGGACACUUCUGGAAAUCUGCAGACAUUAACAGUAGCAAAGUUGUCCUCCGUUUUGAAAGAUUUGGCUUGGGAAUCCUGGAAUCAAGUAAUCAAAAGAUAUAGCAUGGUGUGUAAUUAUCUUGUUGAUACUGUUGUCUACCUGCUCACACACAACAUUGGAAACCUUCACAGCAUCUUCCGACGUAUGAAACUGGUGCAGCCCUACCUGAAAGCCACACGAUCCCUCCAUUCAAACUGGCGUAUGUUGUUUCUGAAGUCUGAGUUAUGCCUAAGCACCAGCAAUUAUUUAAAAAAUGUUUACAUCAGAUGUUUCUCUAUGUGAACUAUAUUUUUUUAACAUGAUGAUGAUGAUGAUGAUAAUAAAGAAAAAUCUUAAAUCACCUUUAAGUGCAAGCAUUCAAAUGGCACUGAAAAGAACUGCUCCCCCAGUUCUUCAUUGCAUCUGUGGAGUAACUAAGGGCUAAUUUCUGCACUGCAAAUCAUUCACAGUUUCCACUGAAGCUAAUAGAGGUUGCACAUGUGUCAGAGAACGGCUAGCUUUAAAUCACUAAUGCUGCCAGUUCAAGUGAGAAGGAAUGGAGUUAUGGCCCCAUUGUGUCUCCAUAAGGAAACUUCUAAAAGAACUUUAGAUUUUUAUUAGAUUGAAAGGAAAUGCAUGGAUUGUUAUGGUUUGGGCAAACGAAUAAACUCUUGAUUACUGAUCUUCUCUGGAAACUUUGUCCAAGCUUGGGCUGGUUCUGAUCUCAGUUACACUGCUGCAAAUCUGGAAUACCUCCCCAGGGAGUUAACUCAGAGUCCAGGUUUACACUGAGAUCAGAAUCCUGCCCUUUUGUCUUGACUAUUGAUUAGAGUGGAACCCUUUUUCUAGCAUAGUUCAUUUAUUCAUAAAAUAGAGGGUGAGAUUUAAAAAAAAAAACCCAAAACCAUGAGGGGAGUGGGAGCAUCAUCAUCUCACUGGCUUUCAGUGAAAACUGGGCACCUUCAUCCUUUAAGGGUGUUAUUUAAUCUCCGCUUUAAUGUUUACAGAUUCACAGUAAUCAGAGUUGCCAUCUGCCUGUUGCAGCACUGUACUUAUUUGGGACUUAAAUUCUUCUCCAUUGUAAAUGUAAGCAGGUUCCACAGUAACUGAAUAAUGGGUACUAGGAUCCGGUCCAUGCCAGCUGAAUUAGAGACCGUAUAAUCCACAUUCAGGGCCUGCUUCUGCUCUCACUUACAAUGGUGUCAAUCAGGAGUGAUUCCACUGGUGUCCGUGGAGUUACACAGCUGUAAAAUGAGGGUAAAGGAAAUGACAGCUGGAUUCAUACUAUUUACUAAAACUGUGCUGGUGGUGGUAAUACACAUGGCUGUAUAUAUCACUUCAGAGUGGAUUCAGUUAAAAAAAAAAUUACCUACUUCCUACAGUGAGACCCUAGAAAGAUCCAAUAAUUAUUCCCCCUCUUCUGUCUUCUUUCACCGCCCCCUUCAGUGUGUCUACAGUACAGAAAUUGAGCUAUGGUUUUAAUUGGCUUUGGCCCUUUGUUGGGACUACUAAUAUUUUAACAAUGCAAAACAACAUGGCUUUUAGUGGAAAAGGGUUGUUUGAAGGUAGUUUCUCUACUAGACUAGGGAGGUGCUGGUAAAUAAGCAGUAACUAUAGAUGGCCUGACUCUGAAAGUUGUUCAGCCUCUGCGGAGCCUGUUGACUACACUGGGAGCUGCCUUUGAAAAUCAGGCCCAGGAUGUCUCGUACCUCAGGGUGAACAGAACGCUUCAUUUCCUGGUGUUCUCUUCCUGCAGAGUUCAGUUGCACUGCUUUGCCCUAGGCUGACAAUUCAGGUUAGACUUCUGAACAGCCUGCUUAGUUCAUCCUCGUUAUUAAGUCCUCUGCAUAUGAAUGAAAGAGUGACAUGAACACAAACUGGAGAGAUGAUUUUAGAUGUUUCCUUAUUACUACUCUCUAGAUCAGACCAGUACUUGAGUUCCCCCUUGCCCCCAGUACAGAGGGCAGGUAUAUAUACUACAGCACAUGAAAAGAGUUACCUUAGCAAGUGGAGGA